UAAUAAUAUAUAUAAAGGUAGACUUUAACUAUUUUAACUUAAAAUUUUAACUAUGUUCUUAGAACAAGGAUAUAUUGCAUAAAUGUGACCUUGGACCACAAAACCAGUCUUAAGUGUCAGUUUUUCAAAAUUGAGAUUUAUACAUCUGAAUAAAUAAGCUUUCUAUUGAUGUAUGGUUUGUUAGGAUAGGACAAUAUUUGGCUGAGAUACUUGAAAAUCUGGAAUCUGAGGGUGCAAAAAAUCUAAAUAUUGAGAAAAUCACCUUUAAAGUUAGCAAUGCAUAUUACUAAUCAAAAAUUAAGUUUUGAUAUAUUUAUGGUAUCCUAAUGAUUUUUGGCAUAAAAUAAUAAUUCUAAUUUUCUAAUUUUGACCCAUACAAUGUAUUUUUGGCUAUUGCUACAAAUAUACCCCAGCGACUUAAGACUGGUUUUGUGGUCCAGGGUCACAAAUGUUUAGAUCGGGGCAUUAACUUUGCAUCAAGUUGUCACACGUUUUAGCACAAGUAUGUUUUUCUUUUCUUUUUUUUUUUUAACAUUUUCUACUUCAGUAGCUCCUUAAAAAAACUUUAAUAGCUACUUUAGCUAGUUCAUUUUUAAUAUUAAAUCAAAUACAAAUACAACAUUAAAUAGACUAUAAUACAUUUUAAACACAAACAUUUACUUUGAAUAAUAAAAAUGUAUUCUCAAAUCCACCCAUACAAAAUUAACUAGCCUACAAAUAGCCUAAACAAUAUCCUGACAAAAAGUGUGCCAAUUAGCCCAAAUCUCCCCUUAUAGUUAAGUCAGCAGCACCAUUUGAAGUUAGGUAUAUUAAAACCAACAGAAACUUUUUACAGUGCACAUAAAACGAGAUAUGAUGCAACCGCGUUGUGUUAUAAAGUCAUCUGGAGUCUUGUGACUCCUCCUGCGGUAGAAUUUGGGCUGUUGUACUGCAGAAUUUGAUACUACCAUGGCUCACGUGCCUCUUCGAGGCCUGAAUAAAGGAAGUAAAAGCCGCAUGGCUGCAUCCUUGGAGAUCGUGGUACCCGGCGCUGCAUCCAUUUGGUAGCACCCAUCAUCUGAUGCUCUAUCAAGGUCACCCGCGCAGAGCAUCAUGGGCGGCGGUGUCGGAUGCUAUUGGUCCCACCCCACGAGCACAAUCCGCAUCCUAACUCAAACCUCGCCGAAUAAGGUUUUCCCGCAUCACGAGGCGUUAUGACGGAACAGCUGUCACAAGGCGUGAUGCCAAAUACGAGUCUCGGAUAAAUAAAGGGGCGGGGGCGAGGCUUUACGUGCGCGGUCGCCGGUAUUCCGUCAAAAGUGAACGUGCGGUUGGUCGUGUAUUUGCUGCUUGUGACGAAUGAACGAAUACAUAAUUGCCGGAGCGAGUUUCACCAGACUUCAGUGCCAGUGGGUCAACGGGAUACGUGCACACGCGAACGGGUGGUCACGACGCACGAGAGAUACGGUAACUGCAAACUCAAUUGAUGGUAUAGCCUACGUUUAAAUUGUCAGUUUUUAAAAUCAAAAUAGUCACGAACAGCAUCGCAUCUCGGGCAUAAGAAGAUUGUGUGCCAAGUAUCACGUUCACUCAGAAUUCAUCAGUCUUGGACGUUUCCACUCUGGCACAAUGGAGGGGGAGAAGAAGCAGGUGACAUGCUACCUCCUGUUUUCUUUAUCGACAGCUGUAAUUGGCUCCCUGCAGUUUGGCUACAACACAGGAGUCAUCAAUGCCCCAGAACAGAAACUGCGGGCGUUCUUUAAUGCCACAUGGAUGGAGCGUUACGGGCAGCCCAUCAAGCCGGGCAUGUGCACCGUUGUGUGGAGUUUUGCUGUGGCCAUCUUUAGUGUGGGUGGAAUGGUGGGAUCAUUCAGUGUCGGUGUCGUAGCCAACAAAUUUGGAAGACGUAAAUCUAUGAUCCUCGUGAAUGUCUUGGCUCUGAUUGGUGGGGGUCUCAUGGGACUGUGCACUCUCUGCUCCUCCUUUGAGAUGAUCAUUGCCGGUCGGCUGGUUAUUGGGCUGUUCUGUGGCCUGUUCACCGGUCUUACUCCAAUGUAUGUUGGGGAAGUGUCGCCCACUCCCCUCCGCGGGGCCUUUGGGACCCUGCACCAGCUUGGUGUCGUGGUGGGCAUCUUAAUCGCACAGAUUUUUGGUCUGGAGUAUCUGCUGGGUUCAGAUAAGCUUUGGCCUGUGCUUCUGGCUUUAACUGUUUUACCUGCCGUCGUGCAGUGUAUACUGCUUCCGUUCUGUCCAGAGAGCCCUCGAUACCUGCUCAUUAACCUCAACGAGGAAGAACAGGCCCGUAAAGCGCUGGUGCGUCUCCGUGGUUACGAGGAUGUGGGAAAGGACAUGCAGGAGAUGAAGGAGGAGAGUUUGAAGAUGGCUAUGGAGAAGAAGGUGACCAUCCCAGAGCUCUUCCGCACCGCUGCUUACCGCCAGCCUCUGCUCAUCGCUGUCAUGCUGCAGCUGUCCCAGCAGCUCUCUGGCAUCAAUGCUGUUUUUUAUUACUCAACUGGUAUUUUUGAGUCAGCUGGAGUGAAUCAGCCCAUUUAUGCCACUAUUGGAGCUGGAGUAGUUAACACUGUCUUUACCAUAGUAUCUCUUUUCUUGGUGGAGAGGGCAGGACGAAGAACUUUGCACCUUAUUGGUUUGGGUGGAAUGGCUGUCAGCGCCUUGUUCAUGACCAUUGCUCUCUUAUUGGUGGGUCCUGCUGUCUGUUUUUAUUUUGCUGAAGAUUCCAAACUGAAUCACUGUAAAUAUCUGACCAUUAUAAGAAUGCUAAUGUCGUACCUGUAUUUUCUUACCUUUGUCCCUGAGCAGAAGGAAAUUGAGGCUCUUCGCUACCUCAGCAUUGCUGCAAUCUUUGCCUUUGUGGCCAUGUUUGAGAUGGGCCCUGGACCCAUUCCCUGGUUCAUAGUGGCUGAACUGUUUUCCCAGGGGCCACGUCCUGCCGCCAUGGCCGUUGCAGGGUGCUCCAACUGGACAGCCAACUUCCUUGUGGGAAUCAGCUUCCCUAAACUGGAGGAGCUGUGCGGGCCAUAUGUCUUCAUUAUAUUUAUGAUCUUCCUCAUCAUCUUCUUCAUCUUUACGUACUUCAAAGUACCGGAGACCAAAGGGCGAACGUUUGAUGACAUCGCCCGUGGUUUUAGCGGGGCUCCGCCUCCAGCUGCCACCUCCGUGGAGGAGCCCGGCAGAGCCGCACUUCCUGCCUCUCCGGUCAAAGAAAAGGUCCCAUUGGUGGAAGCUUCCAAAUCUUCCUCAGAACAGGGUGCAAGCUCAUCUGAGAAAGCUGCGGCAGAUGCCAAAAAGGUGGAGGAGAAACCGAGCUCAGUUACCCAGCCACUGGUGGAUUCUAGUAAAGAGGAGAAAUCUAAUUCCACCAUCUAAGAAACGAUGUAACUAUAUAGCUUAAUUCGAUUAAAGCCAUGACAUGUACCACUGAAGAUAGAAAUAUAAUACUAGAGAUUUAUUUACUGGAAAGAGAUUAUUUAGGGUAAACAGAUUAUGAAAGGAACCACAGUGGAGAGUGACAGAUCUCCUAGACAUAUUUUGAAAGGAUACGAGAUCUCAUAGUACAUGUGCUUUAUUUUAUUGUGUAGUUUGACAACUGAUGGUUUGGUGCAAUAUUGAUUCAUGUUUUAAGGGUUUUAUCCUUUUAUCCUCAUUCCUGUUUGUGCAUUUUUAGUGCAGUCUUAAUGUGAAUUAUCAAAUUGGACAUAGUUUCCUUUAUCAACUCAAACAGGGAAAUAAAAAAAAAGGGAAUUUUGCCAUUUGGCCUUCAUAGUUCUCACCUUUUUUUAACUGUCAAACAUCUUUUUCUUUUUUGCUUAUAGAAAAACCAAAGUGUUUUUCCCUUGAAUGAUAGCUGGCGAUCAUCAUAAUCUUGAGGUUUUUGCACUGACGAUAUUUAUUUUGUAUAAAAUAUAGUGUAUACAUUUUCAUUACUUCAGAUCACUACUACCAUCAAAUUCACUUAAAACAUAUAAUUAAUUGUCAUUAAAAUAUUUAUAUUUAUAGGAAGUGCUUAACUAGUUGAGCUUAUGCCAAGAAUAAAAUCGCUAGUUUACUGCCAAAAAUAAUACAUUUAAAGAAACAGACUCUUCAGAUAAAUACAUCACUCAUUUAUCUAAAAUCACAGUAAAGGUUGUAUUGUAGAGGAUGCAAAUGGACCAACCAGUGUUCAGUGAAUUUCACAGUAUAUACUACUAUAUAUACAGUCUCAAUAACUAAACAAGCUCACAUUUCAUAUAUCCAAGAUUAAGAUUUUUAGCAAAUGAUGUAAUCAAUGAAAAUUUGCUAGAUUAUGACCAUUAAUACCGCUACUGAACUUCCUGUGCUUGGUGAUUUAGUAUUUCAGCGUUACAUGUGCUGCACCGUCUCACUUCGAGGUUUGACAGAGUAGUGAGACAAGUCUCACCUGAUUUUAAUAAAUGUGUUUAUAAUAGUAGUUUUGCAUUUUCCGACAUUCUGUUUUAAUCCCUUUCAUAGAGAACACAUAUAGUAUUUUUUUGUUCAUACAUUUAUUUUUUACUUUUGGUUACACUUUAUUUUGAUAGUGCACUUUAGACAUUCUACUAACUAUAACUACAUGUCAACUAAUUCUCAUUCAUUUGCAACUACAUGUCUACAGACUCUCAGAGUAGACUGUUAGGGUAGGUUUAGGGUUAGUAGAAUAAGUUGACAUAUACUUGAAAAGUUUCUCAAAGUCAUUAUGUUGUGUGUUGUGGACCCAUCAAAAUAAAGUGUUAGAAGAUAUUAAGCAGUCUACAGUCUACUAAUAUUCUAAUGACUGCUAGUUGACAUGUAGUUGCCAAGUUACUUACUGUUAGCAGAAUGUCUAAAGUGGACUAUCGAAAUAAAAUGUUACCUUACUUUUAUUAGAGAAUCUUUACCAAUAAUUUCUAUUAUGUAAGUCGAUAGACGCUUUAUCCUGCCAUUGCUUAGGUGUUGCUAUUUUUGUCUAGAUAUUGAAUGUGAAAGUAUUUAUUAAUAAGCACAUUUAUAUGCCAGGGGUAAUAUGAAGAACUGCGUUUUCCCAUUCUGAUGUCUUGUGGUCAUGUAUGUGUUGCACGGAGAGAAACUCCAAAAAAAGACCAAGAAAGACAACAUUCCUCUUGCAAUAAUGCACUGUGGUUUGUAUUCCUGCGGUCAAGAGCAGCUUCACAUUGAGCCAGCCAUCUUCUAACACUAGCAAACACAACCAUCUUAUUAACUGUUUAUACCUUUCACAUAUUGUAUCUUUUACUGUGCAUAAUGUACACAACUCAUAGUUACUUGCUUACUGUACAGUUAGAAGAGCAUUACCCUGUAAAUACCUAAGUUCAUGUUUCUGUGUUGAAUGGUAUAAUUGAUGUAAUUGCAGGUCAAACGGAGAGUGUCUGCUAAACAGAAGUGUUGAUGUUUUGACGUUUGUAUAUUUUAUGAUGGCUUUUCCUGAAUGUGUAUCAAAAUCAUGAGUGGUACUGUGUACAGUUGUUGUAUUAUUUUGUGAAUAAAUAGUC